CAAAUUUCACUCAGACCCCCUGAGGUAUCUGACAAAGACAGACAGUACCCCCCAGUUUUGAGAAAUGGCAGGGACCUCCCUUGUCAGAAACGGAACCCAAACGGAGCUAACCAUGAACUUGGAAUUACUUUUAUGCCCCUCAGUAAAAUUCAAAGACUUCACGCGGGUUUGCAGGUGUCUGAGAUAGAUUAGACAUGGUGCAAAAGUGGGUUUAGCUUUCACCCAUCUCAAGGUAAAGUGGUAGGUGGAAUUGGCGGGAGAUUUGGGUUGCAUGCAUAUGGGAUCUGUAUAUAUAUACACCACUAUACGUCUAUACCUACUCAUAACAGUUGUACAAAAACAGAGCCAAACAAAACCCACUUUCAGCAGAGGAAAAAAUAUGUGAAAAUGGGUUAGGCUUUUGAUCGAUUCUACAAAGAAAGGGAGAUAACUGUUAGAUAUCAGUUGUACAUAGGAGGCAUGGAUACUCCAUUGUAUUUCGACAUUAAUGUCCACUUCAGAGGAAGGAUGACUGAGAUUAAGAACAUAGACCCACUGGCGUACUCCUACAUCGAUUUGUUGGAAGAUGUCACUGAAAGGAGUUUAUCUGUUCUGCCAUGCAAUACAGGUUGUACCAUCACAUUUUUGUUUCAAGUCCCUGGGUCUAAUGAGAAGAUUGUUGUUGGGUGCGACUUAGAUGUAGUGGACAUGUUUAGACUCUGUUCUAGGACAUGUCUUAUUGACUUGUUUGUUGAUGUAGGUGAUGCUGAUGGUCUUGGUUAUACAUUACCUAUAGGUCCUCAAGUUGAUGUUAAUGUUAAUGAGUUUGUCCAUCCUCAAGUUCAUGUCAAAGUUAAUGAGUCUUUCCAUCCUGAAACAGAUUUUUCUAUUUUUAAUGUUCAUGAGUCUGCCCAUGAAGUGGUUAUUAGUGAUGACACAUCUGAUAAUGAUCCCUUUGCAGUUUGGGUAGAUGCAUCUGAAAUUAGUAGCGAUGGGUUGUCUAGUUACUAAUCUGAUGAUGAAAGUGGUAGGGAAUCCUCUGAUCAUGAUGAUAAUGACCAUGGUGAUAGUGGUUCUAAGUCUAAAGGCUUUGACAGUAGCACAUUUGGCCAUGAGUUUUAUGUUGAAAAAGAAGGUCCUAUUAAAUUUGAAGUUGGUAUGCUUUUUGGUGAUAUAAACAAGUUUAGGGAAGUUCUCAAAGAGUACACCAUUCAACAAGGUUGUAAAAUUGUUAGGGAUAAGAAUGAAAAGGGAAGGGUUACUUGUCACUGUGCAGCUUUAGGUUGUGAGUGGAGGAUUCAUGCAUCUCUUAUACCUGAUGACAUAACAUAUAAAAUUAGGUCAUACAAUGGAGAGCAUACCUGUCUAAGUUCAACCAUUAGUGUUGAGGCAAACUCUACUUGGAUUGCAAAGAAAUUUGCUACCACAUUGAGGGCAAAUCCUACAAUGACCCUUGAUGCCAUGCAAGCAGAGUUGCAACAAAAGUUUGGGAUUGAGGCCUCUAGAAUUCAACUGUAUAGAGCUAAAAGAAAAGCCAUGGA